AUGUGGACUAACUAUUGGUGCUUUGACUAUAUAGAAAGCUGGGCUUUGGAAAUUUAUCAUGCAAAAUAUGUGGGCAGCGCUUCCAGACGGGGAUCAACUGUAUGUCCUGCUCUUUGCGCAAUCUUAUAUACAGAAGCUAACUUAUUUGGCUUCUUUGGCACUUUAGAUCUCUCUGCAGCCGUGGACGUAUACUCCGAUUGGGUUGAUGCCUGCGAUGCCGUUGCGAAAGAGGGUCCCAGAGAAGGAGGGAGUUCUAGCGUCGCCAGGGCUGACGAGGGCCCGUCUGCCUCUGCUGCACCAGCUGUAGCAGAUGAAGGACUUGAUGAUGAUUACUAG